AUGGGAUCGGAUGAGAGCGGACAGGCGGUCCGCUCUCAUCCGAUUCCCCAUAGAGAGCAGCGGGGCUCUGACAUCUCCCUCUCCGCACACAGUGCGGAGACGGAGCUGUCAUCCGCCGGCUCAGCGGGGAUCAGCGGAUCGAUCCCCGCUGAGCAGAGAACGGUCCGCAACGUUCGAUUCCAGCCAGAAUAUCAGCUUUGUGUUCAGCCAAACAGGCCCAGGUUGCGCACUGAAUAA